UCUCUCCGCUAUUUCCACUCAACUGUUGGGAAAGUAGAGGAACAGAGGAGCCGGUCUAGGGGAGACGGGCUUCGGAGAGGAUCGGUUCGCAAACUGCGUUCAGCGGCAGGGGCACACUACGCUCCAAAUUCAGCCUCAUCAAAGAAUUGCUCUUUCUGUCUCCUACAGUGAAGAGAAAUCCCAGACUCCAGCUCUGAAGAAGAAAUAAUUAAAGAUAAAUCCAGGAUAGGUUAUCAAUUCACUGCGGCCUGAAGUUGAGCCACUCGGUUACUGUCAAAGACGAGCUGUACACUUCAGUCUAACCGCUUGAGGCCUUUAAAUUCAAGAUGGGGAAGCAGAAUAGCAAACUACGGCCUGAGGUGAUGCAGGAUUUGCUGGACAGCACAGACUUCACGGAGCAUGAAAUUCAGGAGUGGUAUAAGGGUUUCCUCAGGGAUUGCCCUAGCGGGAACUUAUCAAUGGAAGAAUUCAAGAAAAUUUAUGGGAACUUCUUUCCCUACGGGGAUGCUUCCAAAUUUGCUGAGCAUGUUUUUCGCACCUUUGAUGCCAAUGGAGAUGGAACAAUAGACUUCCGGGAGUUUAUCAUUGCACUAAGUGUCACCUCGAGAGGCAAACUGGAGCAGAAGCUAAAGUGGGCGUUCAGUAUGUAUGACCUAGAUGGAAAUGGAUAUAUCAGCAAGUCAGAAAUGCUGGAAAUUGUUCAGGCAAUCUAUAAAAUGGUUUCUUCGGUGAUGAGAAUGCCUGAAGAUGAGUCUACACCUGAGAAAAGGACAGAAAAAAUUUUCAGACAGAUGGACACCAACCGUGAUGGAAAGCUAUCCCUUGAAGAGUUCAUCCGAGGUGCAAAAAGUGAUCCUUCCAUCGUCCGCCUCCUUCAGUGUGAUCCUAGUACUGCGGGUCAAUAUUAAUUCAAAAGUGAAGAAAACGACAGUCGGUGUGGCUGUGUUUCGGCUUCCUGCCAUUGUGUCAUUGGCGACUCAGUCACAUCUUCAUGGCCAACAUCUGACAUUGUUCAGCCUAUCUGUUUUUUUUUAUAAUUCUCAAUUUGUAACUGGCUGUUUAUUUAAAUGCUGUCUGAAAAUAUAUUACACAGCGUUUUUGGCUGUGUGAAGGCAUUGUUACUAUACUUAUAUCUACAUUAAUCAAAAAAUCUUAACGUUCUUUUUUUAAAUUGGAAAUAGAAAGAGGCUUUAAUUUUAUUUCUGUUCAUGAAGGCCUUGUGCCUCUUGGUUGCAGAGUUUAACAAGAACCAAUAUUUAUGUAUGUGGGAGAUACAUGUUCACCAAUCAGUCAGUGAUCUCUUUCUUUAUAUGGAAAAAUUAUCAAUGAUGUGAAAACAAGCAUAAGUCAGUCAGGUGGAUGUUUGUACCCUGUGAAAAUGAAUGAUACUGAUAUUCACUGUAUAUUCAUGUUAGUUAAAGCCAAUGUGGUUAAAAUUGAGAACUGAUCUACUGAGAUUCAAUUCCUAUAGAGUGUAAAGUUGAUUAUGGGAGUCCCCAUGAAUUAGUGUUGGAAUUGCUGUCUGCAAAACAAAUUGCAAGUCAUAGUCUGACAAAUAUUUAGUUUAGGGGAUACAAAGGAAAACGAGCAGAAUUGCUUCUCAUCCUAUUUUAUAGCACCCUCGCACGAGGUUGUCGGAAAUUCACUGCCAGUGUUUUCAUGUAACACUUCACUGCCUUUGAAACAAAAUCUUCAACUUUGGCAGAGACAAGAAACAGGGCCGGUGGCAGCCACGGUUUAUAUAUCUUGGUGUCUUUUUUUUCCCAUCGACUGCUGCAAAUGAUGGCCCGGGAGUUGAGAACGACUGUUAGCCUUCAGAUGAAAAGAACAAGAGAUAAUUGGACGGGGCACUUAGGUGCAAUUCAUUUGAAAGUUAUGUCCUUUUAUUAAAUUACCUUGUAAUUUAUAGUUUAAAUAAUUAACAAAGUGAGUCAAAUUUGGAAGUAGAGUUACAAUAGUUGGAGCAUAAGAGUACCAGUAGGUACUGGAGAGCUAAGUGUAUCGAAACUGAGACACUACAGCACUGCCAUUUGUGGGACGUCUAAUUGGAAUUGGACAAGCAUAUGUAUCCAGGGUCCAUUGCAAUUAUAGACAUAAGAAUUGAUAAUAGGAACACGAGUGUACAAGAAGUGCAUGUUGACAUUUUUAAAAAAUACGUUUUCUGGAGCACUUGCAGGUCUGCAGGCCUUAUUAUAACAAUUUAAAUUGUAGUAAAAUAAUCACAAGUGUAUCUUGGUUCUAUAGAAAUCUUUAUUAUUGUAUCUUUUGAGUCUCAUUUGCCAGGUGAAAUUAAGCAGUUCACAAUGUGUAUAAAAGUUUAAUUGCUAAACAGUCUGCUCACUGUUUCUCAAGAAUCAUUUAUCUGCAGCACUGCUCUACCCCAGUAAUAGCUGUAUAUCCAUAUGCUUAUCUGAGAGCUUCUGUCACACCUGCCACGUACCACUCCCACCUUCUUCCCUAAUUCUCUCAUCGAAGGAGCCAUUUGAUCACAGCCAACUCUGAGCAGUCCCAUUCCCCCACUUACUUCCCUGUAACCUGUUCUCUCUCACAUGUCUUUCAACUCCCUGUGAUUUUCCUACCACCAGGGACAAUUUCCGGUUACCGGUUAGCCUGCAAGCAUUUGGGAUGUCAGAGGUAACCCACGUGGUCAUGGGGAGACUGUAGAAACUUCACAAGCAGUGUUUAAGAUCAGGAUCCCUGGAGGUAUGAGGCAAGCCACUGUAACACCACGUCAGUUCCUGCGUAAUGGCCUUUUGGAUUAAGACUCUUUCUGCCUCUAUCAUCCUAUGAGUGAAAAUCAUUCUCCUCAUUCAUCUCUACAAAUUGUUAUAAGUUUUUCUCCUGGUUACUGAGCUCCCUGCUAAGAGGACCUACAGUGCCUCUCCACUCUAAUGGGACACUCACUGGAAGCAGGUGGCUUUUUUUUGGAUCAGCAGAGUGGGGAUUGAGAUAUGCAUUAAUGGAACAGGGGAAAAAUUUAAACGAUGUCAAUAGAGAAGAACUUUACAUAAUAUCUAAAGUGGAAACUUUAGAAUUUUUUCUGCUCACUAUCUCCUUCAUCAAAUAGCAUUAAUGCUCAAGUUUUAAGUAUAUUGGAUGAGUUGGUAAUGUGGAUUGCAAGAUGUGGAUUAUGCAAGAGCUGUUGUUGAUCCUUUAAAAUCCAUUCCAGCUGCGAUGAGUAGCCAGCAUAUAGAGUCUUAGAGCACUACAGCACAGUGACAUCUAGUUUGUGCUAAACGGUGAUACAAAAAUAGGCUGAGUAGUCGACAGUGAGGUGGAAAGAUUUAAGCUGGAAAAACAUGUUCUGCAGGAAAGUGGUAAAUGGAAUUUAAUGCAGAAAAACGUGCAGUAGUAAUAUGUUUGGGAAGGUGCAACAGGGCAGGGAAAUGCACAACUGGGAAGAUACUGGUGCAACAGAAGGACUUUGGAGUUCAUCUGUACUUAUCCUUAAAGAUAACAAACCAGCUUGAUAAAGUGUUACAAAGGAAAAUAGGCUGCUUUUCUUUAUUAAGUGUAGAACAUAAGAACAGAUACCUUUUGCUAGAAAUGUAUACAGUGCUAGCUAGAUGACAGUUUGAAAGGUGCACAGUGUUUUUAAUUUUUUAAAUUUUAUUUAAGGAAACUGCAUGGUAACAGACCCUUCUGGCCUAAUAAAUCCACACUGACCAAUCACAUUCAUAUGACCAAUUAACCUAUUAUCCCACAUGUCUUGGGGAUGUAGGGGGAGAACUGGAGGAAAUCCAUGCAGUCACAGGGAAAAUGUGCAAACGGCGGCAGGAAUGGAACCUGGCGCUGUAAUAACGUUACACUGACUGCUACAUAACCAUAUAAGGAUGUUGCUAGGAGUGGAAACAUUUGACUAUGUGGAUAGAUUAGAUUGGUUGGGAUUACUUCCCUUGAAUAAGAGGACAUCAAAGGGAGACUUAAUUAAGUGUAACAUUGAGAGAUUUAAAUAUAGUAAAUAGUUGGAACUUUUUCACUUGAAAAGUCAAAAAACUAAAUGCCAUAGACUUUAAAUAAUUGACAGAAGGGUUGGAGGAGUAAAGAUAAAAAUUUGUUUCCACCUAGAUGAGGUGGUAGAGGCAGAAAUCUACAUCACACGUUGAAGCACCUUCAAUUACUCCAAAAGACUGAGGUUUGUUAAAAUACUGAAAGGCUUUUAUUCACUGUACAAUACGACCUCCACAGUGAGUGUCUGCCCCCGGACUGAGGGGGAGGGGCAAGGUGACACCUUUAUACAGGACUCUGUGGGAGGAGCCACAGGGGCAGUCAGCAGAGGGGUGUGUCCAGACAGGUAACCGAGUUACAACAUAUAUACAUGGUUUACCACACACGUCAGAAGUACUUGGAAGUGAAUUUGCUCAAAUGCUGACAGGUGGAAUUAGGAAGGGUAGCCAUUUUCCAUCUGGCCCAGAUUGGUGGCCUCUUAAGUCAUAGAUCUGUUUAAUUCCCUAAUAUUUGUAGCCUGAAAAAGAAUAGAUUUCUACCUUAACAAAAAUGCAAGAACUUGUGGUAAGAUGUGGAAUGUGCAAAGAAAAAGUUGCUUCUUCCAGAUUACAGUACUUAACCGAUUUUCUAAUGUUGGCUGCUCUUAAUGACCCUGAAUUAUCCUUGCAUUUAAUUCUGAUAUUGAUUACUGCUUCACUGUUUUCAUGAUAAAAAUAGUAUUGGGAAUCCAUACUUUCCUGGCAGCAUCUAUAAAGUUCAGCUCUUUCAAAAAGAGACAACCAGUCUUCUUAAGCUUUCCUGCAUAACAUCACCAAUAUCCAAUUAUGAUGCUUAAUUUGUGCUUCCUUCACAGAAUGGCAUCUACCACUCCGGUCCCAAUGAUUCAUCCACUGAUCCAUUGUAUCUUUGAUGUAUUAAAUUCCUGCCAGUCUGGAAUAUAUAUUCUCAACAGGAUAUAUAUUUGAUCUUUAUUUUAUUUACCUAGAGACCCAUCCGGCCCAGUGAGCCCGCUUACACCCACGUAGCCAGAUAACCUACUAACCUGUAUGUCUUUUUGGAAUGUGGGAGGAAACCCAUACGGUCACAGAGGAAACGUACAAACUCCUUAGAGCCAGCGGUGGGAUUGAACCUGGGUGGCAGGCGCUGUAAUAGCAUUAUGCUAACCGCUACCCCUAGCACGCCACCCCAAUGGAACUGAUUGCAAACAUAAGGUAGUCUGCAGAUGCUGGAACCACUCAGCAGGUCAGCUAGCAUCCAUGGAAGAGACUAAACUGCCGACAUUUCUGGCCAAGACUCUUCUUUAGGACUGAGAAGGAAAGGGGGGUGGGGAAGAUGCCAGAAUAAAAAGGUGCGGGGAGGGGAAAGAGGCUGGCUGGAAGGUGAUAGGUGAAGCCAGGUGGUAAAGGGCUGGAGAAGAAAGAAUCUGAUAGCAGAGGCAAGUGAACCAUGGGAGAAAGGGAUCGAGGAGGGGACCGAACGGAAAGUAAUAUGCAGGUGAGAAGUAAAAAGAAUGGGGAGUGGAGAAUAGAAGGAAGGGGACUAAUUAUUUAAUUAUCAUGAGACCAUAAGAAUGAUUUUUAAAAAAUUUCACCCUUAACUUUCUCUCUCAUCAAGCAGUGGGGGGGGGGGUUGGUAUCUAAGUGGACACCUUUAAUUUGACACCACAAAAUGUACAGUGGGCAGGAAAUUCACCUUUGGUGCUAUGUGUUUUCAGCCCUUGCUGGGGUUGCCAAGAUUCGUCAAUGCAGCAAUUGGAACGCGUACUUAGGCACAGAGGCACGACUGUAGAUCAGUGCCCCGGAUAGCUGAACAUCAUUUCAGGAAGUGAACAAGCUUAGUUGCAAAGCUUGAAAAUGCUUUAUUUUUCUCUUCUGCCUCAUGUACCGCUGCAUGAUGGGAAAGAAAGUUAGAUAUAAAAUUAAAACAAAAAAUAAGUUAAUUCUUAUCAUGAACAAGGGACAAUCUGGCUGCAGGUACUGGAAAUCCAAGCAACACACACACAAAAUGCUGGAGGAACUCGGCAGGCCAGGCAGCAUCUAUGGAAAAGAGUACAGUCGACCUUUCGGACCGAGAACCUUCAUCAGGAUAAUUCUUAUCGUCUCAUGUGGACUAAAUAAACUAAAUAUUUUUUUUAUUAUGAGGACUAAUUAUAAACUAAACAGAACAGCGCAGUAGCGUAGCGGUUAGUGCAAUCGAUUUACAGAGUUCGACAUCCGCCACUGUAAAGAGUUUGUACAACACUUUCCCCGAUAAUGUGUUAAUUUCCUCCUAGUUCUCCAAUUUCCUUCCACAUUCCAGAGACAUACCGAUUAGGAUUAAUGAAUUGUCGGUAUGCUAUAUUUUUGCCUGAAGCUUGGCGAUACUUGCUGGAUGCACCCUCGCUGAUUUGAUUUGACACGCUUCACUAUAUGUUUCGAUGUAUGUGACACAUAAAGCAAGUUAAUCUUUAAAAAGAAACAGUAGAGAUCGUUGCUGCAGCUGCAGUAGCUGUUAUUACAUCGCUGAGACCGCAUGCCGCUCUAGUUCAGAAGCAUUUUGUCCUGGUACUUCAUUUGCGCAGAAAUUGGUGUUUAAUUUCCAUCCAACUCUCCUUUUGGCAAUCUUAACUUAAUCCUAUCAAACCAUCUCUUCAUUCUUCGUGUUCUUUUUUUUAAUGGUAAAUUCAUUUUACCGUUCAUUUCAACUCAACUCUUUAAUGGCAAUUCUUACUGACCUUGAAUAAGUUUGCUUUGAAAUCCCUGUGGGAGGUAGUAACGAGGAAAUAGAUUGAUGGUUCCUACUUGUGAUCUAUUGAUGAUCUGUCCCAGCCCGCUGUAUUUUGACUGGUGAGUUAUCAGUAAUGGGUCCGGGCUUUUAUUGUCCAUGUUGCUCUUUAUGCUUUUAAUAAUCUAAGGAGCAAUGGAAAAUGCCACUUUCUGAAGAAAUCUUUAACUAUCUAUAAUUCCUUGCAUCACAGGUAGAUAUGGCUGUAGAGAGAGCUUUUAGCACAUUGGUCUUCAAAAAUCAAAGUAUUGAGUCCAGGAGUUGGGAUGUUAUGUUGACGAUAUUGCUGAGGCUUAAUUUGGAGUGUUGUGUGCAGUUCUGGUCAACUAGUAUCUACAGGAAAUACAUGAAUGAGAUCGAAGGAGUACAGAUUUGAGGACCCAAGUUACAGGGAAAGGUUGAGUAGUUUCGGACUUCAUUCCCUGGGGCGUAGGAGAAUGAGGGGAGAUUUGAUAGAGGCAUACAAAGUUAAGAGGUGUGUAGAUAGGCUAAAAGCAAGCAGGCUUUUUCAAUUGAGUUGGGUGAGACUAGCACUAAAGAGUGAAAGGUGAAAUAUUUAAGGGGAACCUGACGGGAAUCUUCUCAACGCAGACGAUUGUGCGAGUGUGGAACGCCAGCAUGCAGGUUCAAUUACAACAUCGAAGAGAAGUUUGGACAAGUACAUGGAUGGGAGGACUUUGGAGGGAUAUGGUCUGGGUGCAGAUUGAUGGGACUAAGCAGAAUAACAGUUUGGCAUGGACUAGAUGGGCUGAAAGGCUAUAUCUGUGCUCUAUGACUCUACUCUCCACUUGCUACUUAUCAAAACUCUUCUUUCUGUUACAUGAUACAAUCAAACAUUUUAAGAAACUGAAUUUGAAAUUGAGGUUAGAGAUUAGUUUUUGUGGGGAAUAUGUCAGUGUGCUCAACCCUUCCAAAUAUGAUAUUUCUGAUAUUUUAAAUAAUUUUAAACAUGUUAUACACAAAAUGGUGUUCAGGUCAAAAUGUGUUUGAAGCUUUUUGUUUUUAUUUCAGAUCUUCAGCUUCCACUCCUUUCACUAAUCUACCUCAUUUCAGCAAUUAGAUGAUGCUAUUUACUUAGCCUUUAUCCACCAUAGCUAAAAUAAUUCAGUAGAUUAUUUAAAGCUGAAUUCAUUAUCACUUUGGCGACAUUUCAAAUUAAGAUAUAGGAUUCAAAUACUGGCCAAAUUAAAAUUAGCCUUGAAAUCUCUCCAGUGAAGUAAAGCAGAUAGGAUUAAUGUAUUAAUGUUUUUAACCUUGUUUGAAUGUGCUAAGUAUGUUCUCUGAACCUAAUGAUAAUCCUGUGUGUGUGUGUGUGUGUAUACAAGAAAAUGUUAAAAUACGUGCUGUGAAAAAAAUGUCAAUAUAUUUACAGUGUAGAUGAUUUUAGUAACUAAGAAGCAACUCCUAUUCAGAUACCCAACAAUGUUCAAUUAGUUUUACUGGUAGAUCUUUCUGCAUCCAUGUCUGUAUGGCAGGUUGUUUCAGUUCUUGGGAUCAUUUCUACUCACUGAACACUAUCCUUUUCUACUACUCAUUGUUAUGGAGUCAUAGAACAAUACAGCAUGGAAACAGGACCUUUGGCCCAUCUAGUGCCUGCCGAACAUAGAACAGUACAGCACAGUACAGGCCCUUUGGCCCUGGUAUUGUGCCAACCUUUUAACUUACUUGAAGAUCAAUCUAACCCUUCCAUACCACAUAGCUGUCCAUUUUUCUUUUAUCCAUGUGCUAUUCUAAGAGUAGCUUCCUUGCAGUAGAUUAAAGGAUGCGAUUUCUCACGAUCACAUUUUCUCCUUGUCAAGCUGUCAUUACCGGGAAUUUACCACGUGUUGCCACCAUGACCCCAAUUACAACAAAACCUUGCAAAAAUGCUUUAAAAAAAGGAAGACACAUAGAGCGAGAGGAUAGGCGGAGACUUUUUUCCAGGGUGGAAAUGGCUAAUAUCAGGGCAUAAUUUUAAGGUGAUUUGAAGGAGCUGUAGGGGAUGUCACAAGUAAGUUUUUUUUUAAACACAGAGACUGCUGAGUUUAUGGAACACACUGCCGGGGUGAUGACAGAGGGAUACAUUAGGGAUAUUUAAGAAAGUCUUAGAUGGGUACAUAGAUUAUAGAAAAAUGUAAGGAUAUGUAGGAGUGGAGGAUUAGAUUGAGCUUAGAGUAGGUUAAAAUGUCUAAAAGGACACGUACUGUUCUAUGUUCUAAAUUCCAACUGGUGUUAAUGCUUUUAAAAUUGCUUGUAUUCUUUUCCUGUUAUACUGAGUAGUUUUACCGAAUGACCUUCUUUUUAAAAGGCGCAUCAAACUGACAUUACAGAAACAACUCUAAUCGUUUUUAAACUACUUGUAGUGAUGGACUUCAUUCCAGUAGACUUUCUUUAAGGGGUGGCUAAGAACAAAUUCCACUUGCUGUUUGUUUAGAAAACCAUUGUUCCUUAAGAUGAAUCUCAAGACCAUAACACGAGAAGCAAACACAAAAUGAGCAAUCAAACUAUAAACACAAGGAAACCCAGAGUAACACACACAAAAUGCUGACAGAACUCAGGAGGUCAGGCAGCAUCUAUGGAGAGGAACAAACAGUCAGCUGAGGAUGUAGCUGCCAGUGGAGGAGUAAGGCUGGGCUGGAAUCAUGAUGCAAGGUCCUGACCUGAAACGUUGACUAUCACUUAGCCUGCACAGGUGCUGCCUGACUCACUGAGUUCCUCCGGCAGCACACACAAACACACACACACACACACACACACACACACACACACACACACACACACACACAAACACACACACACAAACACACACUCACACACAAACACACACACACACACAAACACACACACACACUCAAACACACACUCACACACAAACACACACUCACACACACACACACAAACACACACACACACACACACACACACACACACUCACACACACAAACACACACACACACUCACACACACAAACACACACACUCACACACACAAACACACACACACACACACUCACACACACAAACACACACACACACACACUCACACACAAACACUCACACACACAAACACACACAAACACACACUCACACACACACACACACACACACACGUCAACUGUUUAUUCCUCUCCAUAGACGCUGCCUUACCUGCUGGGUUCCUCCUGCAUUUUAUGUAUGUUACUCUGAGUAAUCAAACUUAAUGGUCCUGUUAAUAACAAUUCUUCCAUUUGGUAAAUAGAUUUGUGGCAAUCAAACCAAAAGAAGUUCUGAGUGAUCACAUUUAAGAUAAAACAAUUUUGUGGAGAUCCUUCAGCCCAACUCGUCUAUGCUGACCCAUGUGCCCACAUUAGUUAGUCCACUUGCUUCCAUUUGGAAACCUGGUCUUGCUUCAGAAACUGGUUUCUCAGUAGGCUCAGUUAAACUGGUUUUGAAUUUCAGCUUCACGUUUCAUUAGCUCAGUCAAUUCAGGAAAUGAAAUUUUCACAUUGAUACUAAUCUAAUUUACACUGUGUACCCAGGUAAUAUACUGGUAAAAAAUUCAACAAAAUCAUUCCUGUGCACUGGUAGGAAGAAACGCAUCGAUAGGAGCACUCAUUUAACCCUUUAUUAUCUGAAGCCAAAUAAAUGGUUUUAGGAGAAACGACUAUUCAUAAUUGGAAAUGUCUAACAGGCCACAAAGAUUAUUUUUCCAAUAUUAGCAUGUUUAGCAACUGAGCCUUCUCUUCCUUUGUUAUGUUUUUUUUGCCUCUACAAAUAGACAUAUGGAUUCCAAUUCAUGUUUGGUUGCCAUUCUCUGUAUGUUGCAUGCUUUGUGCCAUUUAAAUCUGAUUGUUUCCUUGUGGAUGUUGUAAGGAGGGCAGCUUAGUUUGUGAUAACUGAGUCCAUAAUUUUUUAGCAGAUAGGUACUAGUAAUACUUUAUGGUGUCAAGUGUGUUUAAGCUGUGAUUAUUGUUUUUUAAUGCAUUUUAAUUUAAUUUUUUGUGCAUUUUGCAGUUAAGCAUUCUACUUUUUGAUGUUGUGAAAACUAUUGAAAGAAAAACCUCUUCACAAAAUAAGCAUUUGUAAAAGAAAAAAAAUGUUCUAUUUGAUUAAAAUGUUGGAGAAGAAAAGACAUUGAGUGGCAUAUGGUGUGAUUCUUCGUUAAACUGAGAUAUGUGGAUAAAGAGUCGUGAUAAAGGGUCUCGGUCCAAAAUGUCGA